AUGCCCAGGAAAAAGAAAGACCUGAAGCAAGUAUGGGAACAAAAGAAGGAACCCAUUAUAGUGAUAACCAACAACAAUGAGAGCAAAGAGCCUAUUGGAGUGUAUACGAGCAGCACUAAUGAAUCUCAGAUUGAAGUACCUUGGAUAAAUGUAUCAAGCACAAGGAGGAAAGAUAAGGAACCAAAGGUGGUUGAAGUGGAAUGCAACAAUGGUUUUGAGAGCCUGCUAGCUUUGUUGGAAACUCGUGUUAAGCUGAAUAAUAGGAACCUAGUUAGGAAAAAACUUGGCUUUGAAUGGGAUUUUAUUGAUAGCUAUGAACACCAUAAUAAUGGAAGAAUCUGGCUCACCUGGAAUCCAAAUAUCUGGAAUAUGAAGGCUAUUGACAAAACCGAUCAAUUGGUACAUGCUGAAGUAUUUUCUAAUACAUGGGUCUUCUCUCACUAUCUAACUAUUAUAUAUGCUCAAAACCAACUUGUGAAUAGGAAAAAACUUUGGGAUGACAUUGAUAUAAUUAGUAGAUGCACUACUGGCCCCUGGAUUUGUGUAGGGGAUUUCAACAAUGUCCUAAAAGUUGGUGAUAGAAUAGGUGGAAAUAAAGUACACAUUACUGAAUAUAUGGAUAUGGAGAGGAUGAUGAAUGACAGUGGGCUUUUUGAACAUGAGACAACAGGUCCCUUUUUCACAUGGUCAAAUAGACAAACUGUGAAUCCCAUUUGCUCUAAGAUUGAUAGGGUCUUGAUUAAUGUUGUCUGGUUUACAGCUUUCCCAAACAGUAUUGUUGAGGUGCUAAACCCAUAUAUUUCUUAUCAUUCUCCUCUGAGGAUCAAGAUGGACACUACUCAACAUACUUGUAGGCGAAAACAAAGAUUUAAAUUCUUAAAUUGUGUGACUGACCAUCCUGAUUUUCUAAGUGUUUUGAGAACCAAUUGGAUCCAACAUGAAACAGGUGCUCCUAUGUAUCACUUAUGGAAGAAUCUGCAGAGACUUCAGUUUUAUCUCAAAGGGCUUAACUGGAAGACUACUGAGGGAAUCAAAAAUCUAAAAGAGAGAAGGAUGCAAUUGGAAAAAGCUCAAAAUAUCCUAAAGACUGACCAUAUAAACCCUGCUUUGUGUCAAAGUGUUAAACAUUGGACUGAAGAGCCAAGAGCCAAAGAAGAUUGCAUUAAGCUUGGAGAUGGAAAUAACAGUUACUUCUAUGCCAAGCUUAAAGCAAAAAAUAACCAAACCCAUAUUAAACAAUUGAAGAAUGCUCUUGGACAAACUCUCACAGAACCUGAGGAUUUGGAAAAGGAGGUUUUGGAUUUUUAUACUAAUCUCAUUGGUCAAACAGCACCCAGAAGAAGGCAUGUGGAUAUAACUCUUCUGAGAAAUGGAGCACAAUUGAAUAGAGAUCACAAAGACAGUCUUACCAACAAUGUCGCUGAAGAGGAAAUUUGGCAGGCUGUGAAAAGCAUGGGGGACAACAAAGCUCCUGGUGCUGAUGGCUACACUGCAAAAAAAAUUUAG